UGCUUUCGUACUUGUUAUCUUUUAAAUGCUAAAGAUAUGUUUGGAACCGUUGCUAAUGUGAAUGGGCUGAUCAGGAACGUUCAUCCUUUCUGAGUAUUUAGUUUCAUCCCUCAAUUGAAGUGUUGAUUUUUAUUCAUUAAAAUUUUUUAUUGAUUAUUAUGUAAAUAUUAAGAUGGUAGAGGAGGCCAUUUUUGUGUCAGCUCUUCGACCUUUUUUUGUAAAUUAAGUAUGUAGUUAAUUAUGGAAAACGUAGAUUUCCUGCAGAUUGUUCUAUGUGAUUGAUUAUGGAUUUAGCUAGGUCAAAGGUGCAGGAUAGAGAUAUUCAGAUUUCAGAGGAAGAAGCUUGAAUCUUUUGCAUUCAAUUUAUACCAACAAGUUAGAAAAAACACAGAAUUCUUGAAUUAAAUACUUUGCAUUUCAUUAUGGAAAAGCCAACGAUUCACAAAAGAGCAUAUUUAGAGGAGGUUUGCCACCAGUGCAUUCUUCGGUACAUUUUAUGGUAAUCCACUUAACUGUUUGUUGAGUCUCAUAACAUGGAUAAAUUGUUUAUCCAGAAGACAACUCCGAGGAAGAGUAUGUGUUGCUUUUUGGCUUUAUAUAUCCAAGCAUGUAAUAUAUCAUUAUUUUUCUUUCAUGUCCUGAGUUAUUAUUUUGAGAUGUUUGUUCUUGUAAUAUUAUUGUAUCUCUAGUUCUUAUUGAAGUUCUGGAGAUUAAAUAUUAAUGGAUGGAACCUGCCUGUUCAUUUUGACAAGCCCAGCAUAUUUUAUAUAUUCAGAGUGGGCUUUUUGGUGUGUAUGGUGAUCUGAGGCAUGUCUUCAAAGUCUGAACCUGACCGUUGAUAUCAGUAUUUGAAAAUGGUUGGUUGAUUCAAGUGGUGUAGGCAAAUGUUCAUGUCAGCAAAGGACCAUUGAUGUGUCUUGAUGACAUGGUUGCGGUGGAUGGCAGAUGACCCGGAGUCAUGGAGGGGAUCCCUAGCCCAUUGACUUAAUUAACUGUGGUUCACUAUUGUAUUGAUUCGACAUGCAUUGAUGUUGUUUGUAGCGGGAACUUUUUUAACUAGCCUGAUCGAUAUGAAAGAAACCCCAUACAAUGGCAAAUUGGAAUGAUGACUCAUGGUCAAAUGAAGAGGAGGAAGAUGACGAGGCUAAAGUGUUGUCCACUAUAGAUGAUGAAUUAACAGAAUAUGAAGCGACAAGUGUAUUGGUGAGUCAAUACUGUGUGUCUUGCAUGUGCAAAAAGCGCCGCAGAACUGAUGAGCAAACAGAUAGGAACAAAAAGAAAAAAUCUCCUGUCGCAAGACAAAUUGCAGAUGCGGCAAGUACCAUAGCGACCGCAUGUAAACGAAGAACAGAGGCAAUAAUCAAAAUGAAUGAGGCUUCAGUUUCUAAUGUUACAGCGCACUUACUCACCCUUGAGGAAAUUACAUCUGAUCCUGACUUCCGACAUCAAUGUUUGAACAUGAUUGGCCGAUUCAAGUGGUGUAGGGAAGUGUUCAUGGCACUAAAGGACAAUCGAGAGCUCUUGAUGACAUGGUUGCGGCGGACAGCAGAUGACCCAGACACAUGGAGGGUACUUAAGUAACUGUGGUUCAGUAUUGUAUUGAUUAACGUGCACUGACGUUGUUGUCCGUAACGAGAACUUUUUUAACUAGACUGAUCAGUAUGGAAGUAUGUGUUUUACUCAACUAUUAUCUGUAAGCUAUGAGCCUAUGGCAUCUAGGAACAAAAUUGCCUGAUUCGGACUCUUCAUUAUAUGAUGCAUAAGCUAGUGUUUCUUAUAUCCUUCA